CAAUUUAUUACAUUUUUUUCCACUAGGGUACCAAACCAAUUUUUUUUCAGUUCUUUAAACCUUUCAAUACGAGAAAAUGCGCGCGUGCAUGGCCGAUCGCUUGCCAAACCUUUUUCGGGGCAGUUGAAAUUCUUUUGUGGGAAUUCAACUUUGGAGAAAAUGUGCGAAAACUGUAGCCACGAUUCAGCUUUGCCCACUCAGUGUCUGAAAGCGUAACUCAAAAAUAUGUUCUACUAUAGGAUUGAAGCAUCAGAAGAGAGCUCUAAUUAAAGGGCUGGUGGGUUAAAAAUGGUUGCUCAGUCAAAAGUUGUCUAGGCUUGAAAAUAGCAAAAAAAUCACAAAUACAUAGAUUUUUUACAAAAAAUUUUUACUUUUGCUCUGAGCGGUAAAUUUAAACCACCCGUGGCUCAAAUUGAAGCUCUCUUCUCCUAUUUUCGUUUUAAAAAUUCGGAUUAACAUUUCAAUUGUUUGAUCAGCGAUAUAUAUAUAUAUGCCUCUCAAUUAUGUCCGUUUUUUGACCUUUCUCGAAUCGUCAUUUUAUACAGUUAAUCGUAAAAUUUAAUUGUUCAUCUAAAUGUUCAAAGUGAAAGCGAAAGAAACGGGCUUGACCGAAAGGAUUUUAAAAAUAGGAAAAAUCGCUGAUUUUCGUAAACAUUGGAAAAAUUGUUGAUUAUCAAGCCUAGAAACUUUUGACCUAGGCAACCAUUUCUAACCCACCAGCCCUCAAAAUAAUACUUUUUUCUCAUACUUUGAUCCUAUUAAAAGACAUUUUUUUAUUCCACCGACAGACAAAAAGUGGAAAUUUUCUGGUUUUCGUUAAUUUCCUCUGGGUUGAAUUUCAACUGGUCCAGAAAAACGUUCGGCAAGCGAUCGGUGAUGCGCGCGGGCAUUUUCUCACUUCACUCAGAUAGCCCAAGGAACCGAAAAACGUUGGUCUGUGUGCCCUCAAUUUGAAAUUCUCAACUUCUAGCACCCGAGUUGUUUCCACUCGCUCGUGGAUUUGCACUAUAUACAGCUGUCAUAAUCAUUGCCGAUACCCGCCUUAUAGCGUUCCGAAAACCUCCUCAUAUACUGGACGACCUCUUCGGAGCUUCAAAGUCCUCUAUAAGAAGAAGCGAAUUACCAGAGUUGAGCGAUGAGUCUUUGUGCCGGUCGUGACGGAAAAGACGACAUGUCGAGUGGGCGAUCGCGCUCAAAAGCGAAGAGCAGAAAAGAAGAUGGAGAGAAGAUUCCUGUCACUUGGAUAUCAGUACAGCCAGAUGCCUCCACGAGGACGAGCCUGCGCAGCGUUGCAGAUUAUUUGUCAGAGAAGGAGACGGAAUCGCCGUUGUCGCAGCACCGGCCCAACAGAAGCUUGCGUCUGAGUCCGGCGAGCUUGCAGGCACUAGAACGCGCGGAAAGGCUCGUGGAAGACGCCGAGAGGCAGCUGUCUCGACUGAAUUUCGACGCUGUUCUCGCUGACGCCUGCGAUGGAGACAGCGACAGGUUGCUCGACGAGACUAGCGCCUACAUCCGAAGGAUCGUGGCGACGAGCUUCGAGACAGGCGCGUACGAGCCGGCACCGAUCAGCGAAACGCUCAUUCCCGCCAGAUCUAAAUCCAGGCCGAGUUCGGCAAGCGCAUCAGCCAGUGGAAGAGCGACGGGGCCGCGGGGGCCGUCGGAGAGCAAGCCGGCUGCACCGGCGAUCGACGACGACUGUCCGCUGUGCUGCGGCAAAAGCGCCCGCGCCGCUGCCCAAGCGCCCGCCGGCGGCUGCGUCGGCAGCGACAAGCUGAGCGUCCAACGCGGUCCGGCUAUCAGCAUCAAGGCGGACUUGUGCGUCCGGACCUCGAGGAUAGUCGACAUCCAGCCAUCGGGGGAUCCGCUGCCGACGUGGCCCCGAGCUGCUCCCGCCGACAACGUCGCUAGCUUCCAGUUCCAGCACGAGUCCUUCGCCAACGGCGAGAGCGCUGCCGCAGAGAAGCUCGAGGCCUCUGGAAGGAAGGACGCGACGACGUCCGUCACCGGGCUCGUGCAGCCAGCCGAGCCGGCCGGCAAUCGCAGCCCUGCGGCUUCCGAGCCGCCGGAGUCCCUGCCGAAGCUCGACGCGUCGUCGGACGCGGACUUGAGUCUGGGCGAGCCGGGGAUCAUCGCGGACCUCGACGCUCUGCUGAGCCAGCAGCGCACGAUCAUUAGGAGGGUUCACCAGAGCAGCCAAGCCCUCGAGCAACUUCUGCGGAAGAGCGACAACGGCGCCGACUACUCCGCCGGGAGCUUCGACUCCGUCCACUGCAGCCACGACUCGCUGCAGGCCGGCUCUGCGGCUGCCGCGAGCAUCCGCGAAAGCUGCCAGUCCGACGCCGGCUUCAUAGAGAAUCUCAAGAGCUCGUCGCUGCAGCUCCCGAAAGCCGGCGAUCUGACCGCCGAUUCUACGGCGAGGAGGAGAGUCGAGAAGGAGAUCGGCGAGAACGGGGCUUCCAUCGGCGUCAGCGCGAAUCGCGGGGAAUCGAGGGCUACCAGCGAUAUCGACACCGGCAAAGUGAAUGAGAGCGGUUUCAUCGACGCGAACAGGAACAACAGCGAAGAAGCCGAGGAGAAAGAGUCGAGAGGUCCCGGCGUCAGUAGCGUCAGCCAAGCGAUCGGCGAGGAACAGGGCCCGGGCCGGGAUUCCCUCAACAUCGACGAUAAACGGAUCGGCGAGAAAGGGUCAGGAGACGCGAUCGGCAUAGUCGACGAGAGAGGGGAAACCGGAGGCGAAGACUCCCUGCACAAGACCUCUCACCUCGUAGACAGCCUGUCCGAUGAUCAGUCGCUCAGGCAACUCUCUGACCAGCUCAUGGUUCAAAGUCAACUCGAUUCCAAAGCCGCGCAGGAUAAUCGGCACGAUGGCGUCCUGACUGCAUCAGCAGAGCUCAUCGUCGGUAGACAAACGUCAGUUGGUCUCGACCGAGCUACCACGAGGGAGUACAGCAGAGUAUCCGCCAAUAACCGGCCCUUGCUAACAGCGUAUCAACACGACGGGAUCGUCCUGCUCGAGCCGCCGUCAUCCGUUCAUCAGAAGCUUAAUCUGCUGGAAAAGCUCGAAUCCUGUUCCAUUCCCAAUCGGCAUCAUUAUUGCAAGCGGCUACCCUUCAGCUCGACCGUGCUUAGCGACGCGGCGCAACCGGCAGGCUCUAACGCCGAAUCGUCCGAAUUGUCAUCGGAAGCAGCGCACUCCGAAGGGGAAUUCUGCCUGAGUAGUUCGGCUUCCUAUUCUUUGGGAGAGGUGCGUCGGAAAAACGUCAACUCCAUCGCUGGAUCUCAGAGCUGCUCGACAAAAGUUUCAUCCACCAGCAGCGCUAUAAGCCAGCUCGAAGCACCACCGUUUCAAUGCAGCAUUGGUGAAUUAAUUGGGCCAAGUUAUAACCAAGUAAUAAUUGCCGACAAGUGACGAGAUGUUCUUUUCUAUAGUAUACACGCAUUAAAUAACGAUUUAUUUGAUAAUAAUUUAUUUUCUUAUUUUGACGUGACAAUUACAACAGUUAAAUGUGUACCAGAUAAUAAUAUAAUUUAUUGUAUACAUUA